GUAGCCCGAUUAGUAAAAUUUAGCAGCAAGGCGUCCUCAAUUCCGGGGGGGAUCGUUCACGUUAAAGUCGAUUCGUGUUGAGUUGAAGUGCUAAUACAUAAGAAAUAUGGUCAUUAAAUGAGAUGCCACCGGAGUUGGAAGUCGCCCGCCCAAUAGGUGGCGCUGUGACGAUGUCUGUAGCAUGAAGGGCACGCAGCUCAAUGAUCUUUUUAUGAUUAUACAGGUGCUGUGUUCUACAAACAUGUAUUUUUAAGUAUUUUUAUGGCAAUUAUCAUUUUACACUAAUAAUCAUCAUCAUAAGGUGUAACCUUUAAAAGUUAGAACACUCUGAUACUUGGAGAAAUUAUAUUUGCAUCAUUAUAGUUGUGUACAACAACAGGCAAUUCAAUGUAUACAUGUACAUACAUGGAGGGAUAUUGAUUUUAAAUGAAAAAAAGAGAUCCAAUCUAACAUGUAUGAGUUUGUGUAAUCGUGUAUAUAUUUCAGUUCUGUAUAUAAAACAUUUCAUGCACGCCGUGUCUGCAUUAAAAAGUAACUUGGACAUUUCCAAAAUAUAAAAAAAAAAAAAAACCUCGAAAAUAUAUUGUUACGUCCGUAAAACAUGAAAUAUAAAUGAAUAUCAAUCAUUUUCAGAUAUUACCGUAUGCAUCUAUUUCACAAGAAAAAAAUAAGGGGGGGGGAUAAAAUGACAAUAUAGGUUACUUUUGGGGGAAGGAGGUGUCGCACAAACACAUUUUAGAGUGCAUCAAGCAGUUGUUAAGUUGCAUUUGCAGAUCACCCAAAAAGUAAAACUGUAAAGUGAUCGCUCAUUCAUAUUUUUGUUCAUCCAAGCACAGAAUGGAAGCAGACGUCACACACAUGCAGACGCUGCCUCGUUAGCGCUCUUGUAAACGUCUCUGCUAUUUCAUUCAGUCUGUAAAAGUAGUUUUUGUGAGCGUGUGCGCGCGCGCGCGCGCGCGCACAGCCGUCUGGCCUCCUAUCACAUUUGCCAGCACAAAAGAAUGAUGUGAUUUAUUCGCCGUGCAGGGUAAAUACAGUGCGACCAUGUGAUCGGCGCCAUAACCAAUAGGCGGCUGAGGAGAAGGUAAGGGCAGGAAAAAAAUUACUACCGUUUUAGGGGAGGAUGGAAGCCACUAUACUGACCCAUCUAAGGUUUUACAGUCGCCUUUAAGUGUCUUUUUUAUUGAAAUAAUAAAAUAAACAUGUCGCUAACAAAUUAUUAUUCCAUGAUGGGGCUGCAGACUGAGGAGCCGUACGGUGCGCAUUUCCUCCCGGCAGGCUUGCAGGCGUCGACGAAGCCGUCGCGCGGUGGUGGCGGCGGCGGCGGCGGCGGCGCCGAGGAGGAGGCGGCGGCGGCGGCCGCGGAGGGGACCCCCGGCCCCCACAUUCCGGAUUUCGCCCCGCACUUCCCCACCAAGCAAAGCGGCUUGAACGGAUUCUCCCCGUGGAGCAACCCCCCCUCGGCGUCGUCGCCCUCGUCCCCGCCGCUGCAGGCCGCCCCGGGCGCGUCCAUCUCGGGGCUUUUCCACCCGCACCACCUCGUCGCCCACCAUCACCACCACCAGCACCACCAGCACCUCCAGCACCUCCAGCCCCAGCAGCCCGCCUACUACGCCGAGCACCUCGCCCCGGCCUCGGAGGGCCGCUUCGUCCGCUGCUGGGAGGGCCCCGGCCCAGCCGCGGAAGGGGGUUUCGCCGCGUGCCCGCCGCAGCCGCAUCCGAGCCCGAGGUUCGAGGCGGCGAAGCCCGACGGCUCUCCGCCUCGGUCGCGCGGAAGCCCGGGGGGAGACUCCGGCUUCGGCGGCCCGGGCGAAGUGGUGCUCGAGCGGCUGGGGACUGCCGAGGAGCCCCGCAGGAAGCCGGAGCCCAAAAAGGAAGUCGACGACGGCGACGACGACGAUGAUGACCGGGACGACGGCAGGAAAGCCCGAGCCGCGGCGCCCGACCCAGAAAACCCUUCGGCCAGCUGGAUCCACGCCAAGUCCACCCGCAAGAAGCGCUGCCCCUACACCAAGCACCAGACCCUGGAGCUGGAGAAGGAGUUCCUGUACAACAUGUACCUGACCCGGGACCGGCGCCUGGAGGUGGCCAGACUCUUGAACCUGACCGAGCGGCAGGUGAAAAUCUGGUUCCAGAACCGCCGGAUGAAGAUGAAGAAGCUGAUGAUCCGGGAGAGGAGGAGCAUCAACGAAUAA